AUGCAAAAAUUCACGACUGAAGAAAUUAAGGAGGAAAUUGAGCACGAUGACGAUACUAACCAAGAAAUUGAUUACAUAUCAUUAUUUGCCAAAGAAAAUAAAGAUUUCGAACCAGAUGGAUCAGAGAGCCAACGUGACACACUCUCAAAUUCAUUAAAUGCUCUUCAAAAAGCAUUAAGUGAAGAACGAAAUGUAUCAAGUCGGCAAUUAUGUAAAGCAAUUUGGCAUCCAGCUCCAAUAUCGAAGGCAAUGAUCACUGUUAGUAAAGGAUCACAUUUCCAUAACAUGGGACAUGCUGUAGAAGGAAAAAUGUGGUUAUAUCCUGAAGAAUGUUUGUUUCUUACGGACAGAUGUUCAUUAAGCAUACAAUGCCAUGAUGUGGAGAUGUCCCUACAACAUGCGUAUUGCGAAAUGAUAGGCGGGUGGUUAACGUUAGAGAAAUAUCAGGUUUAUUCGUAUUUGAAAAGGAUUGGGUUUACGGUAUUAAGAACGCAAUAUUCACAAUCAGCACAAUCAUCUUCAAAUAUUAUGAGUACUUCCUCAUUAUCCUCACAAAUGCAAUCAACAUCUCAACCUCUUUCACAUACAAAUUCCACAUCUCAUCAAUUACAACCGCAACGAUUACAUUUUUCAUGGCUUUUUAAUCGACUAAGUUCCUUCAUCAUUUCUCCAUUCAUCUACAUUACAAAUUUACUCAAUUCAUCAGAACCUUCAACUACCAAAUCUACAAAUAACAAAGAAGAUACAGCGGAUCAAAGAGGAGAAACUUUAGUUGGAUCUGGUGAAUGUGAAACAUAUGAACAAGUAUAUAAGAAAUUACAAAUAAUCGAAUCAUCGUCAAUCACGCAUUCAUUGUUACAUUAUAAUACCACCGCUGAAGAUGAUGAUUAUAAUAUUGACUUUCUGGUGUAUAAAGAAUCUGCACCUGUGCAAUUUAAUGGUUCCUCUUUCGAAUAUCUAUCGUUUGACAUGGAAGUUAACAAGAAAAGAAUGGUUUAUCAUGAACGUCAAAGAUUGUUUUAUUGCGGUCAGUUUCAAGAUAAAGUUUUCACAAACGAACAGCUCAACAAUGUCGCUCUAAAAUUGGCCGAAAAAACUAGUUCAGAAUUUUCAACGUGGAGUUCUUAUUUUGUCAAUCCACACAAAAGUGUUUUUGGAGUGGGUAAUUAUGAUAUUAACGUUUUGGAAAUGGCACUGAGGGAGAAAGAUUUGGAAAUACAAUGGUUCGAUGUUAGAAAAGAUAUUCGAUCCGUCAUCCAAUUCACCGAUAAAUCUCUUUUCGGACUUAUUUUAAAUAUUCCAACAACGCGUUUUUAUUUUUGGACAUCCUAUCACUGGAUCGCUAUUAAACCCUUUCAAUAUAACGAGGAGCCUACUGAAGUUUACAAUUUGGAUUCAAAGUUAUACCACCCCGAAAAAUUCGAGAACUUGGAAGAGGUUUAUAAAUUUCUUGAAUCUGCUUUGUAUCAUAAAAAUGGGAAUUUAUUGCUUGUAAAAAAAAAGGAGUUGAAUUUAGCUUAUACAAAAUAA